AUGGGGAGGUUCGAAUCAGUUCCACAACCUGCCCGUGACUUUUUUGUUUUUGAUCGGCAACCUCCACUUCACUUUGGGGAGAUGAGCUUGGAUGUGUUGCGGAAUAUGUCCUUGGGGACGUUGAGAGGCACGCUUUGCCUGUGUGAUUGUUCGUGUUAUGGAUACAUCGACUUAUGGGUGAUGGAAAAAUACGGUGUUCAAGAAUCUUGGAAGAGAGCUUUUUCUAUUGGUACACACACUGAUGAUGCAAGGUGGCUUCGUGGUUUAUAUGAACCAAUGAGUUACUUGAGAAGCGGAGCCAUACUGUUUUUUCAUCGUUUGAGCAAAACUGUGUUCCAUUUUGACGUCAAAGAACAGUUCAGCUCUCCGAAGUUUCUAAAGGUUCGUGGGAUUAAAUCAAAAUUUGAAGCCAUUGCUCACAUUCCAAGCUUCAUUUCACUCAAGGAUACGGUGACGGAUGAUGAUCGGGAAGUGUUGAACAUCACAUCAAGGUGUGCAGGGUUCAAAUUACAGGGGGAGACUAGGGCUCUUUUCUUGGAAAUUGAAGAUUUCGAUCCAGAUUUUGAUUCAGAUUUCGAAAUAUUUUACGAUCUCCAGUACAGUGAUUCUACCGGAAGCGACUAGCAAGUGCUGGUGGCAAACUUGAUGAAAGGAGCGAGUGAUGGAGGUAAAAUUUAUGCAGCCAAAACGAGGUUGAGGAGUUUUGGCAAUUCAAGCUUAUGUCCAGAAUCAUUUCCGUUCUCUCAGUGAACUUCUUGUUUUGGUUACAUGUAUUACCUUUUGUGGGUUUGAGCUUGUUUAUUAUGUUAUUUUUGUUGUGUUGAUCUUGAAGUUUUGUUGCUUUCCUACAUGCUAUGAAUCUACACUAGA